UUACACGCCAGAGCAGGUGUUUGACGUGGUGGCCGGGGUGGAGCGUUAUGCGGACUUUCUGCCGUGGUGUGUGGGCUCGCACGUGCUGUGGCGCGCACCGGAUGGCAUGGAGGCGGAGCUGGAGAUCGGGUUCCACAUGCUGAGAGAGAAGUACCUCUCACUGGUUACUUACAAGCGACCUGUCUUCGUGACGGCUCGAUCCACCGACACGGGUCUAUUCCACCAUCUGGACAACCACUGGGAGUUCUCCCCUGGUCGCUUCCCUGGCUCCUGCCUGCUCUCCUUCUCCGUUGACUUCCAGUUCCGCUCGCUGCUCUACACCCAGUUUCUGGACCUCUUUUUUGACGAAGUGGUUCAGGCGUUCUGGAACUGGAAGGCUUCACUCGGCCACGCGGUGCGCACGCGCACCACAAUCGCACACGCUUUGCCCAGGGUUGAGGCAGUUGCUCGACUCACGCGCACGAGACUGCGGGGGAACGAAGGCAAGGGGGAAGCGGGGAAAGGUGGCUUCGCGCAGUGGUCCGUCUGGAAGAGAACCCAACUAGGCCGGGAUGGGGCGGAGGCGGAACAAAGAGCCUCUCUGCGCGGCGGAGCUUGCUCUGGGGGAGGCCUCUCCCGAGUCCUGGCUCGGCUCCAGUGA